AUGGCUGACCAGCAUGAGGUGGAUCUGGACUCUGUCAUUGACCGACUACUAGAGGUCAGAGGAAGCAGACCUGGAAAACAAGUGCAGCUUCUCGAAUCUGAGAUUCGUUACUUGUGUACAAAAGCACGGGAGAUUUUCAUCUCGCAGCCCAUACUGCUCGAGCUAGAAGCCCCAAUCAAGAUUUGUGGCGAUAUUCACGGCCAAUAUUACGACCUUCUGCGGUUGUUCGAGUACGGCGGUUUCCCACCCGAAGCCAACUAUCUCUUUCUCGGCGACUACGUGGACCGAGGCAAGCAGUCUCUGGAGACAAUCUGCUUGCUCCUGGCGUACAAGAUCAAGUAUCCUGAAAACUUCUUCGUUCUGCGAGGAAAUCAUGAAUGUGCCUCGAUCAAUCGAAUCUACGGAUUUUACGAUGAAUGCAAGAGACGAUACAACAUCAAGCUUUGGAAGACAUUUACGGACUGCUUCAACUGCUUGCCUAUCGCUGCAAUUAUUGACGAGAAAAUCUUCACGAUGCAUGGAGGAUUGAGUCCCGACUUGAACUCAAUGGAGCAGAUUCGCCGCGUCAUGCGCCCAACAGAUAUUCCUGACUGCGGUCUACUCUGCGAUUUGCUCUGGUCCGAUCCAGACAAAGAUAUCACUGGGUGGAGCGAGAACGAUCGCGGUGUUUCCUUCACAUUCGGACCAGAUGUUGUCUCGAGAUUUCUACAAAAGCAUGACAUGGACCUCAUCUGCCGUGCCCAUCAAGUAGUGGAAGACGGCUACGAGUUCUUCUCCAAACGACAACUCGUGACUUUGUUCAGUGCUCCUAACUACUGCGGCGAAUUUGAUAAUGCUGGAGCCAUGAUGAGCGUCGACGAGAGUCUCCUGUGCUCAUUCCAGAUCCUCAAACCAGCCGAGAAGAAACAAAAGUAUGUGUAUGGCUCAAAGAGCUCAAGCAGGCCCACUACUCCGCCUCGCAAGUCCAAAACUUAG